AUGGCAUUGUGGUAGAGUUUGAGAAGUAAACUCAGAAAAAAUUCGGAUGAUAUAGGGUGGCAGUAUGGAGUUCUUGUUAAUCCAGAUGAUCUGAAUGUGAUUCAAUGCAAGUUAUGUCCGAUGGUUGUGAGGGCUGGAAUUUAUAGGCUGAAGUUACAUAUUGCUGGCAUAAAAGGGCAAGUCCGGUCAUGUCCCAAUGCGAAUCCAGAGGAUAGGGAGAAGUGCAAGAAAGCUAUUGAAGAUUCCAAGAAUGUUAAAAGGUCUACGAUAUUGGAACAACAAGAGGUUAGAGAUGCUGUGAGCGAUGAUAUGAUGGACAUAGAAGAUGGCAGCACGGGCCUUGACGAGAUUCUCACCUCUCAACCACGAGCAGUUGGUCCUAUGGACAAGUUCACCAUGCCUAUGGACUCUAGUUCUUUGGGUUCCUCAAGAAACCUCCACCAGCAAAAGAUUUCUGAACAUAUAAAGAAAGAAAGGUUGCACAAGUUGAAGAGAUAUAUUGCAAGGUGGAUGUAUGUGAAAGGAAUUCCUUUCAAUGCGAUAAAUUGUGAUGAGUUUGACCAAGUGUUGGAAGCUGCUGGCCGCUUUGGGCCAGGUGCAAAGAAGCCUUACCAACAUGAGCUGCGGGAGAAACUACUGCAUGAGGAAGUUGAGGAUACAAAGAAGAUGCUUACUGAUCAUGCACAAGAAUGGGCCAGAACAGGGUGCUCUAUUAUGACUGAUGCAUGGACAGAUCAGAAGAGGAGAAGCAUAAUGAACAUGUGUGUUAAUUCUUGUGUUGGAACAUCUUUUAUUGAGUCAAAGGAAGUCUCAGCUGAGGCACACACAGGACAAAUGAUUUUUGAGCUUGUUGACAGAUUUAUUGAGAAAGUUGGGGAGGAAAGGAUUGUUCAAGUGGUCACAGACAAUGCAUCAAAUAACAUGGCAGCAAAGGAUCUGCUUUAUGUCAAGAGACCUCGUUUGUUUUGGAGUUCAUGUGCAACCCACAGUAUUAACCUGAUGCUUGAAGCAAUUGGGAGGAUGAAAAAGUUCAAGGCCAUACUUGAUUCGGCAAAAGAUCUAACCAUCUUUAUUUAUGCUCACCACAAGACUUUGUCCCUGAUGAGGAAAUACACAAAGAAGAGAGACAUUAUUAGGCCAGGUGUGACCAGAUUUGCAUCUGCCUAUCUCACUUUGCAAAGCUUGUAUGACAAGAAAGAACAACUAAGGAUGAUGUCCCAAAGCGAGGAAUGGGAGAAAAUUAGUCAUGUCAAGAAAAGCACUAAAGGUGUACAAGCCACAGCCACAUUGGUGAAGCCUAUGUUCUGGAAUGGUGUUAAUCUUUGCUUGAGGGUUUUUGAACCAUUAGUUCAAGUUCUUCGCAUGGUUGAUGGGGAUAUUAAACCAUCAAUGGCUUGGGUGUAUGGUGAUAUUCUUAAGGCCAAGGAGGAAAUAAGGAUCGGCCUAGGGAAUGUAGACAAGACUGGGGCUGCUUUGUACAAGAGUAUCAUACAAAUUGUGGAGGAGAAAAUGAAGAAAUGGUUGGACUGUCCGGUUCAUAUGGCUGCAUAUUGUUUAAAUCCUUAUUAUAGCUACAGCAAGCCAUCCAUCUUUGACAGUGAGGAUGUCAUGGAUGGGUUUAUUGCAGCUAUUGAAACAUUCUAUCAUGGUGACUACGACAAACAGAGUCAAGUGCUCAAUGAUGACUUUCACAAGUUUAAAGACAAAGCUGGACAUUUUGCAAAAAAAGUAGCAAAAGCUGGCUGCAAGGAUUACGAUUUCAGUCCAGCUAAGUGGUGGGCAAAUUAUGGAACACAAGUUCCAACAUUACAGAAAUUUGCUAUUAGAAUCCUCUCUUUGACAUCAAGUGCUUCAGGUUGUGAAAGAAAUUGGAGCUGCUUUGAAGGGGUACAUAUCCCAAGAUGGGAGGACAUCAAAAUCUUCAUGUUUACUUCACAAAAGAAAAUCAAGGAACAGGCUGAUCUUUAAUUCAUUAAAGCCCUUGCCACAACAGGCUUACUUCCUUCCCUAGGACGUAUGCGCACUAGAUCCCCUGCUAUAGUGAUAUUGGAUUUUUCAACUAGACCCCCAAAAAAUCGUUUUCUCUGACAUUUUGAAAUGAUGCUAAUAUUUUUGUUAUGACAGCUAAUUUCAUUCUUUUCAACCUUAUCAUAGUUCGCUUUUGGAUCACUAAGUGUUAGUGCUGGAGUAGAUCACCAAGUAUUAGGUACAUUCUGUAUGCAAGAAGCAGAGUCAAGCAUGCCUGGACCAAAUAUCGUUUUCCAAGCCCACAGAUCUUGAAAGUGACGAGAUUUUAAAUUUGGAACUGGGCAGAUUGUCAAUUUAACUCCCUGUGCCCCAAAUUUGCUCUAGGCAGGAAACCUACCAGGGGUGGACCACCCAUACAUAUCACAUAACUUGGGUCCUGAUUCUAAUCAUUUUUGGUCUCUAUAUUGCAUUCUCACCCCAUCUCUCACUACUACGUAUCUCCCUAU